CAUAUCGGGAGACAAUAGCCCGUGACAGAACUCAUUAUGAUUGACUGGGCGCUUUCAAUGGUGCGUUGAACACCCGCAAGGUAUAGAAUGGCGCAGAAGUUAUCGGAGUCGCUAAAAGCAGCAAUCCGAGACGCGUUCGACAAGGUGGACGUUGACCGCAGGGGUCACGUGGACAGGGGCGGGGCGAGGGAGGUACUGCAGCUGAUAGGGCAGAACCCCACGCGGGAGGAGAUGGGCGCGUACUUUAAGGAGGCCGUCUCCGACGUGCUGGACCGGGACGCCAUCGCUGACUUCAUCGAGCAGCGCGUCUCGCUCAAGUCGCAGAUGGCGAUAAACGAGGACAUAGCGGAAGCUUUCGCCAAGUUCGACACGAAUGACCAGUUCGUUAUCAGCAAGGUCGACUUCCGGGAGAUACUCACGAAGCUGGGCGAUGAGCCGCUUACCGAGGCCGAGGCGGCGUCCAUUAUCGAGUGUUUGGACAAGUCGUCGGAUAAAGUGAAAGUAUCCGAUCUCUCCAAACUGUUGAGCGCAUAACAUGAGUAAAAUGCAAUCGGAUUUCCUGUCGCCUUGUGUUCCUGGAUGGGCACAUGAUACACGGGUCUUUAGAACAUCAAUAGUACCACUACAUGUGUCGAAAUUGUGCGUGCCUUUGGAGUCGCGAGUUUUCUGGCACCGCGUAGUGGUUGUUGCGCGAUCUAAUUUUAGAAUUACACUUUCUUUAUUUCCGCUUGUUUUGUUGCCUAGAAUAUUACAAACCCGUCAUUAUAAGUGUGUGUUACGGUGUGAAAACAAAUGAAAUUCAGAACGAAGAAUCUAACUUAAAUUUUAAAUGAACAAUAUGUAAUAUGUGUUAAUUGUUUCAAGAAAAGCAAUUGUUAACAUCGAGCUCAAUUUAGCAGAACGUUUGUAGUUCGUGUAUCAACACCAAAAUCAGUGGGCGGCAAUUCACGUCUCGAUAUAAUACACAUGUCUUUAUAGAGAAAACGCUCCAAUGUUCAAUUUCGUACUCCCUUAUGGUAUUCAACUCAUUAAUGUAAUAAAGUU